AUGGGCCUUAUCAAUCAGUACUGCUUGUUGAGAAGUCUGAGAAUAAUGGUCAACUGGCGUUUGACACUGUCUUUCGAAGAUGGAGGUUUUAGAGACAAUACCGCAGACACCACUUGUGGUCACUUCUCCCUCGAGCACCUUACUCCUCCAACCCUCCAAAUUGUCCGAAAUAUCAUUUCCGACGUCAUGCUCGACAUCCCAUAUUACAUGACCCCUAGAUUUCACAAAAAAAUGAUAGAUGCUGUCAUCCGGGAAGCUAACCGCGUCUACCAUCUCUGGUGCAUCAACAACCCGGGAUUCGCGCAUCGCGGGCGAGUGCACAUAAUCGGCCACUCCCUUGGCAGCGUCAUGGCCAUGGACAUCCUCUCGAAUCAACCAACAAAAGUACACCAAGACCGGGAUAUCGCAAAUUUGAUACCCAAUGAGUUACCGGCUGAUCACCUUGUCUUCGACGUUUACAAUCUCUUCCUGGUGGGAAGCCCUGCUGGGUUGUUUCUUUUCCUCAAUGGAUCAAGUCUGGUCCCUCGCCAAGGGCGUAAAAACUCGGCUACAGAGGACCCGGAUGACGGCAUCUUGGUACACGUCGCCGGUAGGAGAGGUACCUAUGGGUGCUUAGCUGUCGACAAUGUAUACAACAUUGUUCACCCAUGCGACCCCGUUGCUCUGUGUCUCAAUGCCACAGUCGACGUAGACUAUGCAGCAACACUAAAGCUAGCCUCCGUUCCCAGCGCUUCCAUGCCUUGGUUCUCAACCCCUUCAUUCUGGCAUUCAGCAACAUCAAUGGAAAAAGUCGGCGACAAGACGUUGGAACCAGUCAACGUAGCAGAAUUAGGGCCGAGCGUGCAACAGAAUGCUCACAAUUACACGCCCGAAGAGAUCUCCGAACGUAAGGCUUUUGAGCUCAAUGAUAACGGUCAGAUCGAUUACAUGCUCUCAGGGGUUGGCGGUCCACUUGAGGUGCAGUAUGUUACAAUGUUGACAGCGCAUAUGAGCUACUGGAGCAAUCGCGAUUUUGUACGAACGUUGGUGAGGGAAAUCGGACGAAGGCCAGGCAGGGAGGGCACAAUAUUGAGCAUGCGCGCCCAGCGAAAGGAGACUGUUCCAAGUUGUUCUGAUAAAGCGUAA